ACUACCGGUAUGUUAACAGUCCCACAGAGAAACGGAAUAUCAGCAGAAGACUAAAAAACAACACGAAGACACGAAUUAUUGUUCUUUCGCGUGUAUUUAAGCCAUCAACGGAUGUCAACGUAUUGUCACGGUUGUCAAGCGAAUACAGAAAUAGAACCAUGAGACUGGUGUGGAUCUGCCUCCUGGUCGUCGGAGCCGUGUUUGCCGAUAAUGACGAGAAAGAGGAUGUGGGAACAGUAGUGGGAAUCGAUCUGGGAACCACUUACUCCUGUGUUGGCAUCUUCAAAAACGGUCGUGUAGAAAUCAUCGCCAAUGAUCAAGGAAACAGAAUCACCCCUUCGUAUGUGGCCUUCACCGCUGACGGACAGCGUCUCAUUGGUGAUGCAGCUAAGAACCAGCUGACCUCCAACCCCGAGAACACUGUUUUUGACGCAAAGAGAUUGAUCGGUCGCGAUUGGGGCGACUCCGCUGUGCAGCAGGACAUCAAGUACCUGCCCUUCAAGGUGAUUGAAAAGAAGAGCAAACCCCACAUUCAGCUUAAUGUUAGUAGCCAGAUGAAGACUUUUACUCCAGAAGAGAUCUCUGCCAUGGUUCUCUCUAAAAUGAAGGAAACUGCUGAGGCAUACCUGGGAAAGAAGGUCACCCAUGCAGUGGUCACUGUUCCUGCUUACUUCAAUGAUGCCCAGCGUCAGGCCACCAAGGAUGCUGGAACCAUUGCUGGCCUGACUGUGAUGAGGAUCAUGAACGAGCCAACGGCUGCUGCUAUUGCUUAUGGUUUGGACAAGAAAGGUGGUGAGAAGAACAUCCUGGUGUUCGACCUUGGUGGUGGUACCUUUGAUGUGUCCCUCAUGACUAUUGACAACGGUGUGUUUGAGGUCUUGGCCACUAACGGAGACACCCACUUGGGAGGUGAAGACUUCGACCAGCGUGUCAUGGAGCACUUCAUCAAGCUGUACAAAAAGAAGACUGGCAAGGAUGUGCGCAAAGACAACCGUGCUGUUCAGAAGCUGCGUCGUGAAGUUGAAAAGGCCAAGAGAGCUCUGUCUGCACAACAUCAAGCACGUAUUGAGAUUGAGUCUUUCUUUGACGGUGAAGACUUCUCGGAGAUUCUGACCCGUGCCAAGUUUGAGGAGCUGAACAUGGAUCUUUUCCGAUCCACCCUGAAGCCAGUGCAGAAGGUUCUGGAAGAUUCUGACCUAAAGAAGUCUGACAUUGAUGAGAUUGUGCUGGUCGGUGGCUCCACUCGUAUUCCCAAGGUCCAGCAGCUGGUAAAGGAGUUCUUCAACGGAAAGGAGCCCUCCAGAGGCAUCAACCCUGACGAGGCCGUGGCUUUUGGAGCUGCUGUGCAGGGUGGCGUGCUUUCCGGAGAAGAUGCAGGAGACGUGCUUCUUUUGGAUGUGUGCCCCCUGACUCUUGGUAUUGAGACUAUGGGAGGAGUGAUGACCAAGCUUAUCCCCAGGAACAGUGUGGUGCCAACCAAGAAGUCUCAGAUCUUCUCUACAGCCUCUGACAACCAGCAGACUGUCACUAUCAACGUUUUUGAAGGUGAGCGCCCUCUGACCAAAGACAACCAUCUGCUGGGUAACUUUGACCUGACUGGCAUUCCUCCAGCACCCCGUGGUGUGCCACAGAUUGAGGUGACCUUUGAACUUGAUGUAAACGGCAUCUUAAGUGUGACUGCUGAAGACAAGGGAACCGGCAACAAGAACAAGAUCACCAUCACCAACGACCAGAACCGUCUGACCCCAGAGGACAUCAAGAGGAUGGUGAAAGAUGCUGAGAUUUUUGGCGAUGAAGACAAGAAGUUGAAAGAGCGCAUCGACUCCCGCAACGAGCUGGAGAGCUAUGCUUACUCCCUGAAGAACCAGGUGGGUGACAAAGAGAAGCUGGGCGGCAAGCUGUCUGACGAGGAUAAAGAAACUAUCGGGAAGGCCGUGGGGGAGAAGAUUGAAUGGUUGGAGGCCCACCAGGAGGCUGAGAUCGAAGAAUUUAAGGCCAAGAAGAAGGAGCUGGAGGAGAUCGUUCAGCCUAUCAUUGGCAAGCUCUACGGAAACGCCGGUGGACCCCCUCCAGAGGAGGCUGAGCAGGAGGAGAGAGACGAGCUAUAGGCAUAGUGCCCACUUUACAUCCACAGACUCUGUUCUCUUUAAAGCACUGGCCUUUCAGGCAAAGGCACAGAUCUCCUUAUAGACUACAGGACAUGGAUAGACCCUGUUGGUUGCACUCAACUCACUAUGGUGAAGGCUGAGAUUGAAAUGCAAUUUUCUUGAAAAAGUGUUUUUGUUCAGUGAUCUAGGACUACAUAAGUUAAAAGCAUUUAUGAAAUGCUUGGUGUGAAUGAUGGAAAGGCAGAGAAGUUGAAGAUUACCUAGCCAUUCUUCAGUAAGCUCUAUGUCUAUGCAUACUGUGCUGAAUGGCAGUUAAAAUGUGUUAGACAGGCUGUAGGCCUUGUCAUAACACCAUGGUUAACAGUUAAAGAUGUGAAGAUGUGGUGGUCAACACUGCUGUUUUUAUUUAAUUUAAUUUCUUGUAUUAUUUGGGGGAAUUGUGGGUAAUGGGGAAUACAGUCAGAUACAAAAAUAUAUCACUGUUGCACUGUAUCACUAAUGCACUGUUAUUUAUUUUAUUCUGUGUUUUUUAGAAAACAUUCAAUGGCUUUGAAAAUAAAUGUUUAUUUUUUACUGUUAAA